CCAAGGCAGCCAUCUAUCUAGUAGGUCAGGAGACCAACUUCAAUUUUUGGAUCCAACGUCUCGUCUCGACUUCGUGUCACCGACUAUUCACUUCUCCCCUCUCUCCAGAGUUCCCCCUACCCCAGAACCAGAUUCAAUUGAACGCGCCAAGGGUCAUGGUCACCCACCAGUUCGACCUUCAUCCCUCGCAACGCUUGUUAGUGACACUUUAAUACGACAAAAGGCACACACCAAACACCCCUGGACACAAUACUAGGCAGAUCCGCGACUACCCACUUCACUACCCAACACCCGUAUAAAGGCCUAGUGAUCCGCCACUUCCGCCGUUGACCAGUCACUCAAAAUCCCCAGUCACUCAAAAUCGACUCGAUCGAGUUCCCUUUUCCCUUGGACUUUUCAAUCUCCUCGGGACUUUGUACCGCGCAUUCUCACCCAUAGACACAGACCUCAAAUUGUUCUUGGUGCAACAUUCCUUUUACAUGUCUGUUGCAUGAUCCCGAUCCUUUCUAGGCCAUUCGCCAAGUCAGACCAGCGCGAUAGGUCGAGCCCAAGCUACUCUGGGCAGGAAAGGUCCUUGCGCCCGACCACCACUACCACCUUCACCUCCCACAACUUUCCUGCACCUCAAAGGCUGAUUCUCCUACACACAUGAGCCGAAUGAUUAUCCUGGCAGGCGCGCCGGAGCAUUCAAAGCUCGACUGGAGCGAAAAGUCACUUCUCCCCGAAUCCUCACACAUAGAAACCUCGUCAGCGCCGUCCUCACCCAGCCCCAAAGCCCUUGGGGCCCAAUGGAGGCAGAUAACCACUCAACGACUCCAGAUGCGGCCCAUUCUACCUAAACUCAAUAUCGACCCUCGACCGCAAGUCGAUAGUCUCGAUCGAAGUGGUGCCGAGUUCUUCAGCGCAGAUGAAUACAUUGGCACGCAAACACCCGGUAGCGAUAUCAGUGCCAAUGAGUCGCAACCUUCCGGGAGCUCAGUGGAGUCUUCUACGACGUCCGAGGCGCUGUCAGACUACUACGACCAUUCCUUUGCGAUCCACGAGGCGAUUCCAUCUUCACAACUAAGCGGAUUCUCCGACUAUACGCCGGGGACCCCACUCUAUGAGAGUAGUGAAGAGAUGUUUCCGCAGACACCAGGGCCUGGGUCUGGAAUCAUUCGCAGUCCCUCGCAACGGAGGCUUAGUCAAGCUCCGCGACCGAAACACUUGAGCGAUCUCGAAGACAUCCCCAAUGCACGCUAUCUGACCUCCAUCGAGCCACAGACGAUGACAGUGAACCUGAUUGUCGGCGUUCUCUCGAUCGCACCUCCGCGGACUGUCAUCACCGGUUCCAAAUAUGGAAAACCACGCGAAACAGAGCUAGUCGAGAUCGUGGUCGGGGAUGACACAAAGACAGGGUUCAGCAUCACAUUAUGGUUGGCACGGGAGAUGAGGGUCAACUGGAAAGACGGGGCGAAUGCGGCACCUGAAGGCUGCAGGAGUGCACUGCGGAGGAACCUUCGCGGCAUACGACCCCGUGAUGUGGUCCUACUGCAGAAUGUGGCUUUAAGCUCGUUCCGCGGCAAGGUGCAUGGCCAGAGCCUGAAAGGAGACGUGACUAAGAUUGACUUGUUAUACCGCAAGAAAAUUGAUGACGACGACACGAGCGGUGUUUAUUCAGUGUCAAAUCUGAGAACGGCCUCAACCAAGGAUCCUCAGAUCUUCAAAGUCAAGAAAGUUCGAGACUGGAUGGUCGAGUUCGUUGGCGAGAGAGACGGUCCAAGCCUAAUGGGACCCAAAGGUCGACGAAGAAGAGGAGUGGGCACUCCUGGUGCCGGGGGUAGCUACGGCUUCCUCCCUGAUGAUACCCAGUGAUGUGCAAUUUUGUUCAAUUUCCUACCUUUUUUCCACCCAGCAACUUGGAUAUCUGACUGGGUUGCCGACACCCAUAUAUGACGAGCCAUAAUGCGACGAUGACAUCAUGUUUGGCGGGACCAAUUUUAUCAUGGUCCUUGUGCACGAGCACUAGCUGAAUGGAAGAAGGGGUCGAUUCGAGAAUUGGUGGAUGUAAUAUUAUCUUGGCCAGAGCGAGGAAGAUAGACUGACAGGAGGUCUCUGAGAAGAGGGCAUGGGGUUGGUUGGGGACAGCUGAUGCAUGCCUUGCAGAUGCUCCCUAGCAGAUUUAUACACCGCCUCUUCUCUCUGUCUCUCGGUAUUGUAAGCAUAUAGUCCAGGUUUGGUUAGCGAGUCACGAAGAUACGACAGCAACAGCAACAGCAACAGCGUCUAGGUAGGAUGACCAUACAAAUACCCAAAGUAAUUAGUGAAGCGAAUAAAGGACUUUUCAUGAUA